CGUCGUCGCGGUCCGGCCGGGGCAAAUGGCCUCCGGGAGAGAAGGGCCGCGCAGCCUCCCCGCCGCCAACCCGGGAAACCCCAUCUUCACGUGCCUGGCGGACGCGCGGACGCUGGUGACGGGCACGCGCCUGAGCGCGGCGGUGCCGUUGCUCUACAAGACCACCGCCAGCGACUACGGCGCCCUGCGGCCCACCUCGGCCACGGCGCCCUGCCGGUUCUGCCCACUGGACAGCGCCUUCACCGCCCGCCUGGCCGCCGCCGGGCCGCCGCAGCACAACGGGAUCAACACGGGCACCGACCGUUCGCCGGUGUAGCCUCCCCCCCCACC